GCCCCGCCAUGUGUACCCAAGCAAAUUUGAUAGUGAUAAAUAUACACAAAUUAUUUUUACCAAGCUCGAAAUAUUCCCCAUGUGCUCCUUAUGUUGCCUUUGGCUCUACUUUAAACUGUGCUUUAAACAAAUAAUGCGUACUUAUUAAUAAUUGUGAGUAAAUUUGUCCUUGCCAGGAUAAUCAGCUGUGUGAAAAGUGGGGUUAGAUAUUUGGCGUGUUCGAUCUAAAGACCUUGAAAUAAUUUGUAUGCGGGAGGAGGAAAAACACCCCCACUAGUCAAACUCGCCAAAUGCGUGAUUGUUUUCGGAAAAUUGGGUGAAACUUGUUUGAAACGUUUCCAUUUCAAAUUUACCACCCUGGCAGCAACUUCACUCUAGUACUUUUACCUGUCAAGCCCACCCUGCGUCGACCUUUGCCCAACUUCGCACCAUUCAAGCCAAAACCCGAAAACAUGGCGAAUGUUUCUCGGUGUUGUGGCAAAAUGUGGUGAUUAUCUGGUAGCUUUUGGACUAAUUUUACAAUAAUAAAGUUGUGAUAAGUGUUUUUAAGCCAUGUCGUGUUUGCAAUACGUCGUACACCCUUUACCCGGGAACGAGGAGCAGUUCAAUGAUAGAUUAAAAGAAGUAGCCGAUAGGAUAAACCGACUGGGGCACAGCUCCCACCCGGGCCUCUCCGGCCUCCGCAGCGGCAUCAAGAAGAUCUGUCUGGGGCCCACGUACAUCGCGCUGCUCCUGGACGACGGCAAGGUCUGCCGCGUCUCCUACAACGUGCUCUCGGACCGCCUCGACCUGAGCAAGAAUGACUCAACGAAAAAAUCUUGGUUGUUGCGCAGUUCCGGAGGAGGCGCCACCGGAGGCUCGGGCAGCGGCGGCGCCGGCGGCAGCGGCAGCAGCAAGCCGACGGGGAGCGGCAGACAGAUGCCGCGGACGAGGGCGAGGAUCAUGAGGUCGAACACGGCGAUCAGGGGCGGCAGCAACAGCGGCGGCCGCGGCGCCCCCGUCAUCAUAGGCACCAGCAGUUCGAGCAGCGGCCGGCCCAUGGUCACCGUGCCCGCGCCCUACGUGCCCGAGGAGUUGGUCUCGCAGGCCCAGGUUGUUCUGCAGGGGAAGAGCCGCAACCUGAUCAUCCGCGAGCUGCAGCGCACCAACCUGGACGUCAACCUGGCCGUGAACAAUCUGCUGUCGCGCGACGACGAAGAGGGCGAGGAGGGCGACGACGCCGCCGAUUCGUACGUCCCCGAGGACCUCAUCUCCCUGCUCGACGGCGGCUUCCACACCGACCAUUCGGUGAUCAUCGACGCCGACGCGAUGUUCUCCGAGGACAUGUUCGGCUACUCGGGCAUAAGAAACUUCCUUAACAGUCGCGGCAGUGGAAGAAGUCGAUUGGCUGAUAGGGACGCGCCCCCGGCGAACAGUUCGAGUUCGGAUAGGGAUAGGGAGAACUUUUCCAGGUGGAGGGACAGGCAGUACUUCGGACCGAGGAGGUGGCUGGAGACGGCGCUGAGAGAGAGUCCGUACGAAAAAGAUUCAGAUCACAAAAAGAAAGACAACGCGUGCCCUCUGUGGAUCUCCGACGAUUUCGAGUUCUGGCCAGACUCUGCGCCCAAAUUCGUCCAGAUUGCGAGUUUGUAUUCGGAAUUGAUCGCGCUGUCGUCGAGCGGACAGGUUUUCCAGUGGCGGUGGAACGACCCAGAACCGUACAGACACCCAGAGAACCCCAACAUCCACCACCCCAAGACCGUACCGUUGGGUUUAUUGGGCGAGAAAAUCGUCCAUCUGUCGGCUUGUUCCACGCGUUGCUCCGUGGCCACGGAAAGCGGAAAAGUGGCCACGUGGUUGGACGAGUUGUUGGCGCCGGCUGCGUCCAAGUUGGAACACUCGGCGCAGGCGUAUUCGGAGUUCCAAACUGACAAAAUCGUCGCUUUGUACACGUGUCCGCUGUACAGUGUGGCGAGGUUGGAGAGCGGAGCGUUGUAUUGGUGGGGUGUGCUUCCGUUCGCGCAGCGCAAGCGCCUCUGGGAGAAGUACCGCACGAAGUGCCGUAAGCAGAAGCCGUCGAGCAACCAGUCGGACAUCGUGACCGGCAGCCAGGUGUGUAUGAAGAACAGCCCGAUGUACCAGGCCGGCGCCAUCGGCUUCACCAUCGCCAACGGCGUGCCGAAGGUCGGCCAGCUGCAGAAUGCCGCGUGGACCUUGAGCGACACGUGCACGUUCAAGAUCAUCAACGUGCAAACAAACGCGACUAGUGGCGCCGCCCAUCGGCCAACGAAAGCGUUCCGAGGUGGUGCAUCGUCGCACGAUAGGGACGCCCUCUCCGCACUACUUGUUUCACGUAUAGGCAAUGCUGCGAAUUUGACGAGCAAGAGUUCGUCGAACAAGGAGAACGCCGACAGGUUGGACAUGCCGCCGCCGCCGUCGCCGGCUUCGAGCACCUGCAGCGACACGGGAAGCAUCACCAACAGCCACAAGCGCCAAAAGCGCAUGGCCGUGUCGGGCUCGGACCCCGGCUCCGAGCAGCGCAAGGACGAGGAGGAGUGGCCUUUGAGGAACGUGAUUUUCGUGGAAGACGUGCGGAGCGUGCCCGCAGGCCGCGUUCUCAAAGUAGACGGCGCCUACGCCGCCGUUCGAUUUCCAAGUGGACAUUCCAGAGACAGAGACGCGAAAGACGCCGACGAUAUUUUCCAAGACUGUAGACUGAUGCGCAAAGACGACCUCCAGGUGAUCAAAUCGUCGUCGAACUCUCGCGUCCCCGACUGUUUCCAGAAGACUCCGCGUCGUAUUCAGAUCUCCGACAACGGCAACCAGAUCUUGACCAUCGCCGUCGACGGACAGGGCAUCCACGCGAUCGUCCGAAACGGGUCCAAGUUGAGCUACGUCGUCUACAACGUGAGUAGCGGACGGAUCGAGCAAGACAAUCCUUUCCCCAGCGACACGGCGUCGUUCAUGGGGCUGAAUCCUCAUUUGAUUAACUUGAUUUGCGCCGGAGAGAGUUCGGAAACCAUUCUCAUCCUGCGCGAUGGAAACAGCACGAUUUAUCCGUUGGGUAAAGACUGCGCCGACGCCAUUCGUGAUCCCCAGUGCCUGGAUUUGCCGCCUGUGAAGUGUUUAACGGCCGGCACGUUCGGUUUAACCGGAACCGGUCUUAACAUGAAGAAUCAAGUGGCGAUUGUUGUUUUCGCUUUGGAGCAGCAGCUGCUCAUGCCGAAGAUUUUACGUUGUGAUAUCGAUGGAGUGAGGCAAGUGCUUGCGCAGCUCGAUGGUGACUUAAAGUCCAAUACUUCUCCUGUUUCGAAUAUUUUGAGUGAGAGGUGCGACGGCAAUCGGAAUAUUUUCCACGCCGUCGUCAACAUGUGCACGCCUACGUCGAACAAGGACUCAGAAAAUGAAACGUCAAAAUGUACCGCGUCGAAUGCAGGCUUGGAAUGCGUGAAUAUGAUGCGUAGACCUGUCCGUUCUUCUUCCGAACGCGCACUCAACAAUUGUAACUCCGCAGAUCAGCACAGCUUCGUCCAAGAGGAGCCGAUACCGACGCACAGCUGGCCGCCGGAGUCGUUCGACGUGACGUCGGGCGACGAAGACAGCUUAAUGGGCUUGGGCAGCAGCGCCGCCAACAAGGGCGGCAGCGGCGGGGGCGGCGCCCCGGCGAACCUCGUCGUCGACCCGGCCGAGCGGCGCUCGAACGCCAUGCAGAUCCUGCACGCGCUGCUGUACGACUCGGCGGCGCUCGAGCCCCAUUUGAUCGAACUCCUGUGCGCGAAGGAUGCGCAAGGACAGACGCCGUUCAUGUUGGCGGUGUCGUCGAGGAGCUACCCAGCGGCGUUGGAGAUUUUCGAGAAGAUUAUUAAGUUGGGGACGGCGCAGGAGAGGGAGGAGAUGAUCUUUCCGAAGGGGUCGAACCCGGACCAUUCGCCUUUGCACGUGCUGUGCUGCAACGACACGUGCAGUUUCACGUGGACGGGGGCGGAGCAUAUUAACCAAGACAUAUUCGAGUGUCGCACUUGCGGCCUCACCGGCACCCUGUGUUGCUGCACCGAAUGCGCCCGCGUCUGCCACAAAGGCCACGACUGCAAGCUCAAGAGAACCUCGCCUACAGCCUACUGCGACUGCUGGGAGAAGUGCAAGUGUAAGGCUCUGAUCAUGGGCAACCAGACCGUCCGAUUCGAGCUUCUCACGCGUCUGGUUAAAGAAACCGAUUUGGUUUGUCUGCCGAAUUCGCGCGGUGAAAGCAUCCUGUUGUUCCUGGUGCAAACCGUGGGUCGCCAGAACCAAGAACAGCGCCAGUUUAGACACACCAGACCCAGGACGGCUUCUGCCAACUCCCGAAACAAAACACCAUCGUCUGACAUCGAGACGGAUAUGCCCGAGCACGAUUUAGAGCCACCUAGGUUUAGUCGGCGGGCUCUGGAGUGUCUGCUGGGUGACUGGAAGGCGGUGCAGAGUAUGAUAAUGUCGGGGACUAGAGACGUGUCUGAGACACAAUUCAACGAUCAACCGUACGUCUCGAAACAAACUGGCACCGCGUUGUUGGACAAAUUCUCGCUUUGUUUCCUCGUCAAGUGUCAAAUGGUCAUGGACGUCCUCCUCGAGACUCUAAUCCGAGAGAUGAAAAAUCCAGAUUUGAAACAAUCACAAUACGCGACUAUGGUGUCAAGACGUUUCGUCAGAUCCGUGGUGCGCAUCUUCGUCGUGUUUACUAUAGAAAUGGCACCCAAUUCCACCAAGAGACGCAGCUUAAGCAACCAAAAUCAACCGUUGACGAAGUGUAGGAAGAUAUUCCAAGCUUUGUCUAAACUCUCGAUUGAGGAAUUGUGUGAGAGCGCAGACGCAAUCAUGGCUCCGGUCCGACUCGGUGUAGCUCGACCGACUGCGCCAUUUUCGCUUGCCACUUCCGUGAGCGACAUUUUAAACGGUUCCGAAGAACUAUUUUUGGUGGAUCCGCUAGCGCCUUCCAGUUCGCGCUCCAGUGGGUCUUCGUCCAUGCCCAGAUUCCCGUUUCUGGCGGAGGCGGUACGCCGCGCCGCCGCCAACGCUCGAGAUUUACUAAAUAACGUGAACGACGGCGAAAGCAUGGCUAUCGAUAACGACGACGACAACGCCUCCGAGCACGAGGACGUCCCCGCCGACCGAGAGUUGCCGAUUACGGUUCGGCAGUCGUCGCUGAACGAAAACGAAACCGUAGAGGCGGCACCCUACCCACAGGAAAACCGUGGGAUUCAAGGGGAGGAGAGCGACCCGGAGUUGGACCUUCUGGCUGAGACCGAGAGCGACAGUGACGAUAAUCAUAGUAACCAGGACGCGGCUUCGGCUCAGCGGUCGGUACAAACCGGGGCGACGGCCGGGUCAGACACAGGAGGUAUGCUGCUGUUCCCGGAAGACGAGAGCGGCGAGUCGAGCCAGCAGGAGGAGGAGGAGAGCGAGGCCGGCGAGACGGACGAGCAGGACACGGAGGACUACACCCUCACGGACGAGCAGCUCGAGAGACGGAGCCGUUACAGCAAUACGACCGGCCACGGACAGCGCAGCAAUUUGGCCCCGCAGAAUAUGCAGUGGGCUAUACGAUCACGUGAAGCAAGCAGAUCGGCGGGGGUCCGGUUGGCCAACGGUUCUAAUUUAGUUUUUAUUGACCCCAGUUCGUUAAGGCGAUCUACCACAGGAAGCACGGCGGUGGCGGCCAGCUCGGAACCGGUUGCCAUGUCGACGUCGGCGAGCUCGUUGGCGAGGGCCUUCGGUGCCAUCAUUCGCCAAAUUACUGAUUUACUCUCGUCGCUGCCCGAUCUGAACCAAGCCUUAUCCAGCGUGGCUCAUAUGGAAGUGUCGCAAGAUGAUAUAUAUAACAUUCAGAUCUACUUGGAGUUCCGUCUAAAACCCACGUGGGACUGGCUACUAACCGUAAUGGACGCCACCGAAGCCCAGCUAAAAUUCGGCGCCUCCCUCACCAACUCACUGGACCCAUCCAGCCCCGGUCACCCUCUCAACACCACCGGAAUAAGUGCAGGAGGUGGGCACCCCAAUCAACCUACUCGACGCUUGGCUUCUUUAGUCACGGCUAACAGCUCGAGCAGUCUUCGUUCGAGCAGCCACCGCGGCCACGCCAUCUCGGGCAACACCAACACGCGAUUGGUCGGCUUCACGACCAACGUCGAGAGCAGCCGAACCCGUCCGGAACGCGACGGCGUGGACGCGCACGCCGCCAGACGCGAAUUCCUCUCCUAUUGUUUAUCGUUGAUGCGCGCCCACAACAACGAACACUUGGACUCUUUACCCAUCCUGGACGUGUCCGCGCUCAAACACGUCGCCUACGUCUUCGACGCCCUGAUCUACUACAUGAGAUCGGGCACGUCGGACCGGGGCGACAGCGACUUGCGACGCGAGGGAUUCUCGCUCCCGCUAUGGAACGACCAAGACGAAAACGAGAACGAAGAAGCCGAAGAAGACAUCGCUGUAGCGAUGGAGACCGAGUCGCUCGAAGACCAAGACGUGUCGAACCUGGCGACCAUUUCGAGCGCGCUGAACUCGUCGAGCCUUCAAGGAGGGUCAGGGAAAGGACGCAAGCAUUCGUUCUUCCAGAGGUCGGAGUCGACGUUGUGUUUGGGGUGCCCGCCCCCGGACCCGUUCGAAACCCCCAUGUCGGAGGCGCUGCCUCUAGCCGACCAACCGCACUUGCUGCAGCCGAACGCCAGAAGAGAAGACUUGUUCGGGAUUCCGAAGCAGCCGAUUACUUUGACGUCGACGGGUGGAAUAUCGAACAACCCUCUGGAAUCUCUUCCGACUAAGCUGAGUCUGUCGACGAGGACUAGCGAUUUCGCGAUGAGUCACCCGGCUAAGGCGAACCACCCGAUUUCGCAGUCGUUGAACGUGAUGGGUCCUAACCCCUUGGUGUACCCUCAAGGCUACAACCCUGGUAGCGAGUCCGCGGAGGCGCGGAACGCGCGUGAAGUCCACGUGCAAACCGAGACUGACGUGGCCGCCGCCUCCGAGGGGAGUCGAAGUCGCGGUUUCCAAACUUUCGAGAGUUUGUUGGCGGCUGUGAAGAACGAAAUCGGUGAGAGUAGCAAGGAGGCGGCGAAUGUGGCGUCGGGCGAGACGAACGAGAUUUCGUCGUUUGUCGCGCCGAGCUUGUUGGCGGCGAUCGGUUUGGAACAAGAGGCGCCUGCCCCCAGGCCGCAGAUCAUCGUGUCGCCGAGGAAGGCGGCCACCGAGGCGCCGUAUCCGGAGGUGAUGGAAGGGGUGUCCAACGACGCGUCGCAAGAAGCGACGUUGAUGUCUUCGACGAGCUUGUCGAGGAGCCCGGGCAAGAGCGUUAUAGUCCGGGCUGGAUCUUCAAUGGGUAACGUCCAGAAGUCGACGAGCGAAAAUAUGAUGAUGAACGUGGAUUCGCAGCAGCCGGAAACGUUGGAAAACCAGGAGAUUUCGGCCAAUGUGACGGUAGUAACGACACCAGGGGUCACUACGGAGGUUGCAAGACCCUCAAUUGGACAAUCCGUGUCGCAUGACCUUCUCCUAGGUCGGUGGAGGCUUUCGCUUGACCUUUUCGGGCGCGUGUUCAUGGAGGACGUGGGUUUGGAGCCCGGCUCGAUUGUCUCGGAGUUGGGUGGAUUCCCGGUGAAGGAGGCCAAGUUCAGACGGGACAUGGAGAAGUUGAGGAACAAUCAACAGAAAGAUCUGACUUUAUCGAAGAUGGAGCGCGACCGCACUCAGUUGCUCCUGAUGACAUUCAAAGAAUUGAACACUCAGUAUAACAAUUACAACCGCCGCAACUCGUCGUCGCCGCCUCUAGCGGUAAACCGAGUCAAGGUGACGUUUAAAGACGAACCAGGCGAGGGUUCCGGGGUCGCCCGAAGCUUCUACACCGCAAUAGCCGAAGCCAUCCUCUCUAACGAGAAGCUCCCGAACCUAGAGUCGGCUCAAGUCGACAACAAAUAUUCGCAAUACAGUGUCCUUCAGAGAUUAAGACGCGACAGGGACGUCCUGCGCAGGACCGUCCCCAUGCGCGGCUCCAACCGCUCCCGCGAGCACCGCCGCACCAUGAACGUGGACGCCCGCCCCUUCGUCCCCAGCGACAGUUUCCACUCGGACGCCCCCUCCAUGCCCGACCUCUCCACCUCCUCCAACAACCCGGCGAGCAGCAGCGGCGGCAACCAGUCCGGCUCCACCCGCAACGAGCAGCUCUCCGCCCACCAGCAACAACUAGGCGACCGGCUGUACCCCAAAGUGUACAACCUCCACCCGAACUUCGCCGGUCGCAUCACCGGGAUGCUCCUCGAGCUGUCGCCCGCGCAGCUCCUCCUCCUCCUGGCGUCCGAGGACUCGCUGCGCGCCAAGGUGGAGGAGGCGGUCGAGAUGAUCCUCGCGCACUUGCACUCGCAGCAGGAGCUGACGUCCGAGGCGCUGCUGGAGUUGGACGUUUUCACGCUGACGGAUCGCGGCUCGUCGCGGAAGAGCGCCGGCCGGUCGGGCGGCAACGACAACGCGGUCGAGGAGAACGGCCAGGACGAGGAGGACAACGCGCCGCUGUUCUAUUGCCCGGGCAAGCGCGGCUUCUACGCGCCGAGGCAGGGCAAAGCGAGUUUCGAGCGGCUGAACGCGUUCAGGAACGUGGGCAGGCUGUUGGGGUUGUGCCUUUUGCAGAACGAACUGUGUCCGAUUUUCUUGACUAGACACGUGCUGAAGUCGAUCUUGGGCAGACCGAUCAAGUUCCACGAUCUGGCGUUCUUCGAUCCGGUGGUGUACGAGUCGCUGAGGCAGCUGGUGGUGGACGCGGAGACGAAGGAUUGUAAUAAUUUGUUCACGACGCUGGAUUUGAAUUUCACGAUUGACUUGAGUCCUGAGGAGGGCGGCGGCACCGUGGAGUUGAUGCCGGGCGGGAAGGACAUCGAGGUCACCUCUAGCAACGUCUACGACUACGUGCGCAAAUACGCCAAGUACAGGAUGAUCAAGGUGCAAGAGAAGGCGAUUGACAGCAUUCGUACUGGCGUGUUCGACGUUUUACCGGAGGGGUCUCUGGACAGUCUGACUGCCGAAGACCUGCGCCUGUUGUUGAACGGCGUGGGGGACAUAAACGUGGCGGUUUUAAUUUCGUACACUUCAUUUAACGACGAAUCAGGCGAGAACAGCGAGCGUUUGGUGAAAUUCAAGCGGUGGUUGUGGUCGAUCGUGGAGAAAAUGACGCACUUGGAGCGGCAGGAUUUGGUGUAUUUCUGGACGGGUUCCCCGGCGCUUCCCGCCAGCGAGGACGGGUUCCAGCCCAUGCCCUCGGUCACCAUUCGACCGGCAGACGACGCACACUUACCGACGGCGAACACAUGUAUAUCACGUUUAUAUAUUCCACUUUACAGUAGUCGUGCGGUCCUCAGACAGAAAUUACUACUUGCCAUCAAAACAAAGAAUUUCGGUUUUGUGUGAUCAUGGAUUCAUAGUAACUUGUUUCCUUUAAUUUUUAGUACGAAUUUCAGUUUAAUAAAAAUGUGUUUUUUAA